GUGCCGUGCACCCUGAAGAUGGCGGCCGUGGCGGGAAGGUUGCUCUGGACUUCACUUGUCCGACAUGUGAGUGCCAUUCCUUGGGGCAUUUCUGCCUCUGCAGCCCUUAGGCCUGCUGCUUCUCGAAGAACGUGCUUGACAAAUGCAUUGUGGUCUGGUUCUGCUCAAGCAAAAUUCGCCUUUAGCACCAGUUCCUCAUGCCAUGCCCCUGCCCUCACCCAGCAUACGCCCUAUUUUAAGGGUACAGCUGUUGUCAACGGAGAGUUCAAAGAAAUAAGCCUUGAUGACUUUAAGGGGAAAUAUUUGGUGCUCUUCUUCUAUCCUUUGGAUUUCACCUUUGUGUGUCCUACAGAAAUUAUUGCUUUCAGUGACAAAGCCAAUGAAUUUCACGAUGUGAACUGUGAAGUCGUUGCAGUGUCAGUGGAUUCCCACUUCACCCACCUGGCCUGGAUAAACACACCAAGGAAGAAUGGUGGUUUGGGCCACAUGCACAUCACACUCUUGUCAGAUUUGACUAAACAGAUUUCCCGAGACUACGGUGUGCUGUUAGAAGGUCCCGGCCUUGCACUACGAGGUCUCUUCAUAAUUGACCCCAACGGAGUCAUCAAGCAUUUGAGCGUCAAUGAUCUCCCAGUGGGCCGAAGCGUGGAAGAGACCCUCCGCUUGGUGAAGGCAUUCCAGUUUGUAGAAACCCAUGGAGAAGUCUGCCCAGCCAACUGGACACCAGAUUCUCCUACAAUCAAGCCCCAUCCGACUGCUUCCAAAGAAUACUUUGAGAAGGUAAAUCAGUAGACCAUCCCAUGUGCACCUGCAGCUUCCCACACCAGAAAAGAACCACAGCUGGAACUCACUUUUAACAUUUCAAAGAUUAUUAUUUAUAGAAGGCAAAAAAACAAUUAUGCUUGUAUUUGUAAAUAUUACUCUAAAUGUUUUGUUUUUGUAACAUUGGCCAAGGCUUUUAAAAUGUGGUUAGUUACUAACGUAAGGAGUCCUUUAUUGGCAGUGUAUGGAUGGAUGGCUAGUUGCUAUAGAAUGUGCAGUUCCCCUAUUUCUUGGAUCAUGUCUUCAAAGGGAAAAGGAAACAACUCUUCUUUAUCAGCCUUACUUGAACCUUUGUGUACACCAGAGUAGUAUGACAGGCAUCAAAAGCUUCUGAUCAAGGGUCCUGAAAUUUUCCUCUUGAGUUUCUUUGUAUUAAACUGAAUUUUCUUUUAAGAUCAUGAUUUUAA